CAGCUCUUUCCCCAACGUCCAUCAUGGCCUCCGUCGCCCCCGCGCCGUCGUCCUUGCCAGCGAGGGCGCCGCCUCUUUCAUUCAAGCCCAUUGUCGUUCGUGGCACCCAGGACUCGGCCCCAGCCACACCCCCACGGCUUCCACCAAAAUCCGCUCGACAGCAAGAAAAAUCAAAGGCCGUCGAAUCAAAUCACAGACGGACACGGACGGCCUCGGGGCUCUGGCGUAUAGCGCCCCGCAUUUCUCUUGCCUCUGUGCUUCGUAAACCGCGGAUUAUUGCCACAUUUCUGCGAUAUACCUCUUGGGAAGAUUUCAGAGCAUUAGCUCGAUCCUCCAGCGAAUACAGAUCUCUCCUUCGCCACACUGAGUCCAAGGAUGUCGUUCUUUCACAUUUUGUUCCGGGAUACCGCUAUUGUCUGCAUCUCGCAGACAUGGCAAACUUCCGCGACGUCGAUAUCACCUUUAGAGAUCUCGAACUGUUCAUGGCCUCUCAGCGUGUUCUGCUCCACAUAUACCCCAUGCACGCACUGUCCAUUAUUUCGGCGCUAUAUAUCACCCCGGAGCUCAACCACAAAACUCUCCGCUAUGUCGCACUCUCUCAGGCGCACUCUCGAUUCGUCCUUCUACUACAAUCCCUCAUCCACUCGUCAUCGCUCCCGUUCUCUGAAGAACCACAAGAAGCGCGUCCUAAGCUUCGUUACGGAAGUUUCCUUCAUCCCUCUCCUAAUGUCCGGGAGCUUGUAUUCCCUGCUCCCUUGUCGUACCUCCCUCCUUCACCACCGCCUGACUUCAAGCCACUCGAAAUCUCCCGUAGAACUUCAAGCUGGCGGAAGAAGAAAGGUUCCGUAGUUUCCAAGUCUGCACCUCCUACUGUACACCCUAUUCGUCCGAGACUGGAGAGCAUAGCUUCGUCAUCCCUCGACUUUCUCUCCGAGCGCCCGUCUCAACUGCCUACACGCAAAUCAUUAUUCGCUGGUAACAACGUGAAGGUCCCGCCUCCGCCGCCCUCUUCUGAUCCUCUUGCCUUACGGUUAUACACGAACACCUGGCGAACACCCCGGAGACCGUCGUACUUUUCGGCGUCAGCCGUUUCAGACGACGAAAGUGUCCUGUUCCGCCGUCCACAUCGACGCUUCGUCACCAAUCCGAACGAGAGCUCCAGUCAAUCAUCGCUGGACUACAGCCCAUCCCCUUCCUCCCGCCGAGCGCGCUCACAGUCCCAGCACUCCAACGCACGCACGCAGCACAGCUUCGUCGCCACCGCCCCCUCCCCCAUCAACAGCAUUCAAACGUCCGCAUCCUCACCCCACGACAUUCGAAUGGCCACUUCACGCCUUCGCGCGCCUAUUCUGCGCGUUUUCCACCCAUGUACAGAAUUAGACGAAAACGCCAUCGGAGCCUGCGAGGAACAGCUUAUAGACGCGGGCCUGUGGGAGCACCUUUCCACGGGAGACAUAGUCUGCAACCUCGGGUACAUGCCGCCGGAAGAACCGCAGGGCUCGAGCAGCGACGUCUCAUCGGACCAAUCUUCGGGCUUUCAGGCCGUACCACCCACGAGGACUAAUACUAGUGGGAGUGCUAGUUUGAGCGUUGCGAACGGCCGUGCAGGCGCCGCGAAGAACAACGGCAGCGGGAGCGGGAGUGGGAGUGGGAGCAGUAGUGGCAGUACGGCUCUGCCGCGACAAACGUGGCUUAUGUUCGACGGCUCUCAGCUAGUGACUUAUUCGCCUCCUUCGCCACCCGCGCUUUCCGAUCCGCUCGCUCUGCCGUCUCCGCUCUAUUAUGCGCAUAUCUUCCCUGUGGGUACGAACCCGGUGUAUAAUUUGAAGAUGCCUAGGGUUGAGGGGAUUGAGAGGCAUAGAGGCGCAGACGAGGGGAUUGGAGGAGUCACUCUUACGUUGGCGAGUGGGGAGCGGUGGGUGAAGAGCCCACACUCGCCUGCCGGGGUGGCGAGGGCGAGGAAGUUCAUGUGGAUUUUGAGAUUGCCACCGGCGGCGUUUGUGACCGUGGAAGGGGACGGGAGGGAGGGAAUGGGUGAUGGCUGGUUGGGUGAUUGGGUUCUCGAAGCGGAAGGGACAAAGGAAGGGAGGGAGUCUUUGGUGUGGGCGUUGAGUGGGCAGGAUCAGGCGAGGGAGUGGGAGCUUGUGGUGGAGAAGAGUAGCGGCGGGUGCAUCUGGUUGAGGUUGGUGACAUCCAAUUCACCCCCGAAUGCCCCCGAAGGUCCACCGUCGAUGGGCCUACAAGCUAUGUAACCUCUGACAUUGGGGCCAAACCCAUACUCAUCAUCUGCUUCUUGGUUGUUCGUUCUCGGUAAGCUAACAAGAUAAUGUCCCCACACGUGUAUAUUUCCUGUGUAUGUAACUCGAACAACGUCUGCUUUCAUCUUACAUCCGGACGCUGCAUAUCUCCGUACUUCACUCCAUUUCGCACCGUACGAUCCCGCACACGCACUUCUCCUCUUGAGACUCGUCCUACUUUAACUAUGGCGUUCACCGUAGUCCUUGUUUACUGCCAUGGACUUCUACGUUUGGUUUCGGUUUUUACACGCCCAUGGCUUGCUUGCCUCGCGCACACUAAUCUUAUUCUACCAUCGUCUUCUUGCUCUGGAUCAUACUCGGCCCGUCCACCAUCCUCUUCCCGUAGCAUAAUGUACUCGAGCUUCUGAACCAUAUACUCUGCGCCUCCUGUGAUCCUACUUGCUCCCAUCUUCAACCUCACGUUCACUUUGCUCGAUCUCUUUCUUACACGGACCUUUUACGCUGCUGCUCUCUCAUUGAUAUCGCUUUACGACUGAUCCCCCUUCUUGUAACUCAC